GAGCCCCAGUCGGUGGCUUAGCGUUGAGCCGGCCGCACGUCGAACGUCCGCUCCGCUCGACCCGCGAGUGUAACACCAAUUCGAAUUUCAAAAUAUCGAAGUGCCAUCUUUGUUUUUGUUUUUUUUUUCUGUGUGCAGUGCCAGGAUUUGACUCAAACAGACAUAAAACAGAUCCGUUCAUCCGGUGCGGCGAACACUAUCUCGCAUGAAACCUGAAAGCUAAUACCGGACCAGCCCAUUCAAGAUGAGGCCCACGUCGCGGUGCGUGGCGCUGAUAGCGCUGAUAGUCGCCGCCACCGCCCAGUCAGUUGAAGACUUGAAGGGCGAAUCAGUAGAAAGUGCCAGCAGCACAUCCACUGGCAGUUCACAAGAAGAGGAGCCCAAAGAAGCUUGGAUGCGAGCGCCCUCUGGUGGCGUCGCGGUGCGGAGCGGAGAGGACGCGUUACUCACUUGCGUAGUACUAGGCGCUAAGGGAAAACCAGUAUUAUGGAGGAGAGCGAGCGACCGACAGUUGUUGACCGCUGGCGGCGUUAGAGUUACUAGAGACGACAGAGUACGUGUGUUACACGAUGACUCUGAAGAGCCGCUCCAAGGCCCAGGCAUCGCCAAAGGCGGCGACGUGUGGGCCCUAGUCAUCAAGUCGGUUAAAGCGUCCGACGCCGGCCUGUACAUGUGUGAACUCAACACGGAACCGCCGGUCAGAAGCUUCCAUAGAUUGACAGUAAUAUCAAGAGGCCUAACCCCUCCGGAGAACACCAACGUGACAGACAGCUAUUCUGCCAACCUGCCAACGUUGUCACCGCUGGCGUUGGCACACAACUACACGGACUGCUGCGUCGCUGCCAACGUGACAAAAGACUGUCUCGGGUUCUGCAGCAUUCAGACCAUAUUGGAGGGAACGGGGCAGGACCCAGAGACGUGUCAGCCUGAUUUCCCUGCUAUUGUUAAAUGCAUGGCCGACGGCCGAAACCACGUGCCAUGCUGUAUACAAGAGCGAGUGCCCGACAUCUGCCAAGAUGUGUGCCGAGGCGAGUUCACUCCGGUGACCGACAAUAUCAAGACACACUACAGCUGUGCCGCGUACAUGGAGAAGACUUUAGCUUGCAUCGUUGAGGGCGUUGAACUCCUUCCAAGCCCCCCAGAAGACGUCGAAGUGGACACUCUCAACGAAAAACAACUGAACAUCACCUGGAAUCCGCCUCUCGAAAACACAGAAACCGUCACAGAAUACAUCGUCAACGUCACCGCAUUACGCUCCUUCGACGCCCAUUUGAUAGAUCCCUCAGAGAGUUCCAUCAAGAAUAUGACUGUGAAGAUGAGCCAGCCUGUGACGCAUAGAAUACCAGCAAAUAAGACGUUCUUUGUGCUGAACGAUUUGCUGCCGUUCACGAUGUAUGAGAUCACGGUGACGUCGUAUAAUGUGCAUGGAUCGAGUUUGCCUAGUUACGCUAUUAGGACACUAACCCUGAUCCCCGGCAAGAUGAAGACCACGAAAGUGGCCCCCGCGCCCAAGCUGCCCGACGUCCGUUCCUGCUGCGUCAACGCCGGCGUCAACCACUUCGGUUGCGUGGACAAGCUGUGCGACCCGACCAAGACGUUUGAGAUCGGGCUGCAGGUGACAGACCUGAUGAUCUGCGCGCCGUGGGCCGGGACCACCUUUGGAUGCCUGGUGAAUGGGAUGGACCAUUCUCCCUGCUGCAGAGCUAGAGGGUUGCCAGAAUCCUGUCUACCGUUGUGCAGUGGCAAUGUGACAAACCUGGAUUUCAAUCACUUCAAGUGCCUCCGCUACAUGUCAUCAUACACCAACUGUUUGCUCCAAGGCUAUGGGGUACUUCCCGGCCCCCCUACCCGACUGCACCUCACCAACAUUGACACAGACUAUGCCGUGGUGCAUUGGUCUCAGCCUGCGGCGUUACCUGAUACUGUGCAGUACUACAAUCUGCAUUAUAAGGCUGUGGCGGCGGGGGAUGAUUACAGAGUUCUAGAGAAGAUCCACUCACCGUUCAUCCUGGAGAACCUGGAAUCGAACACCGACUACGAGAUCUACGUCGAGGCGGUCAACGAGCACGGCGUGGGCGACGCGUCCCCGAGACUCAUAUUCAGGACUCAGAGUCAGGCCGUCGAAGAAAAACUGGAGCAAUCGAACUCGUACAACGUGACGGCGUGCUGCGAGCAAGUGGCGGUGGCCGGCGUGUGCAUGCCGCUGUGCACGUACGACGCCAAGAUGUCCGACUUGCGCGCGCUGGCGCCGCUCUGUGCGCAGGAGUUCCAUAAAUUACUACGUUGUGGCGCUGGAGGUCGCAACCACGAAUCCUGCUGCGAACGGCGCGGCGUCCCCGCAAACUGCCGAGGAGUCUGCGCCGGCGCGUACACCGGCGGCAUUAACACCUGCGUGCCUUAUAUCGGGAACAUCGUGCAGUGCUUCGAAGAAGGUACCGGCCUCCUACCCGGCCCACCACGUGAAGUCCACGCCAUCAUCACGACCACUGGCGACAAAGCCUCAGGAUUCUUGGACUGGUCCGCACCGGAAGAGGGCGCCAAUGCCACAUCGUAUGUCGUCCACUGGCAACGCGUUGGCAACAACUCGCAACCUUACUACUAUAAUACACUGCAGCUGGAUAAUCAAAUCAACACAACAGACAGUAUGGCCAACAUAGACAACCUUGAAGUGAACGCGACGUACCACGUCUUCGUCGUGGCUGUCAACGAACACGGCACCUCCCUCCCCAGCAGCAUGCUUUUAAUCAACAUCACAUCUAACUCACCGGACCAGAGUAUCUCCGGCAUCCCUUCGCCCCCGCACUCGCUAUCAGUCUCUUCACACUCGGCGACCUGGUUGACGCUGACGUGGCAACCACCGCAGUUCUCGCACCCUAACGAGAAGAUCUCAUACACAUUGUACUACAAGUCACCCACCCAACUCGGCCAGGGCAACGUAACGAUGAUCAACACAACAGUCCCUGGCCACACCCUGGAGAAACUCACUCCGAACACACAAUAUGUGUGCUGGGUAAAGGCGCAUGCUGCUGCUGGGGACUCGAUGCCUUCGGAGACGCUUCUGGCAUGGACUGACCCUGCUUAUCCAGCGUAUGUCGAGCCCCCGACUGUGAACCCCGUGAACCUGGUGGUGGAAGGCUCCAGCAUGACCAUCCUCUGCAUCGCCAUGGGAACUCCUACGCCCACCAUCUCGCUUUACAUCUCUGGUCACCUGAUUCGCCAAGUGGAGACGAGACAUAUGGUGACCGUAAUACACAACGUCACCCGAGACAUGGACCAGAUCUCGUGCUAUGCCGACAACGGCUAUGGCACACCAAUGCAGGCUUCAAGGAAGAUCAAUAUUUCGCACGUACCAACAAUCCAAGCCUCAGGCAUCACAAUGGCCGCCGCCGGUGACUCCGUGAUCCUGGAGUGCAGGGUCGAGGCCCUGCCCAAGCCUACCAUCGCUUUCUGGAGAGACCCCAACGGCCGGACCCCAGUCAUCGACGGACCUAACUAUACUAUACAGUUGCUUGCGGAUCCUGAGGAACCAACGAAAUACACGAUGCGUCUAAUAAUAAAAAAGAUAGCAGACACGGACGAGGGAGACUACUUCUGUCACGCCGAGAACGCUUUCGGGAAGACUCUGCGACCGGUCUCAGUGCGACUGAGGCCCACUACACCACAUCAUAACGUCACGGAGUGUUGUACUCAGAUGAACGUGUCAUCAGCCUGUAUCGACGCUUGCAGCUUCCACCUGGACAUGGACAACAUCAUGGACCGGCCAGAGUGCAUGAACGACUUCGACAAGCUCAUGAAGUGUGCUGCUGACGGAUCAGAUCACCGCAGCUGCUGCGCGUCGUGGGGCGUCCCUCGCAACUGCUUGGAACUCUGCCGAGGUGGCACUGUCGCACGCUCAUGCGCAUUGCAACACGCUCGUCGUGCGUUAGCGUGCUUCCGCGACUCCGGCGCAAGGUUGCCUGGCCCACCGAGGAACCUGAAGGCGCACGCUGCUCCUACACCACACGCUGUCCUCCUCAGCUGGGAGCCACCAGCGAAGAAUCCGCAGACAGUCUACCUGUACCGGGUGUUCUGGCGCGCGUACGGCGCCAAAGUGCCAGAGAAGUUGGACACCAGCGAAACAAGUGUCGUGCUCACAGGGUUACAAGACGACGUGCGGUAUGAGUGUGUCGUGAAGGCUGCUAAUGAGGCUGGCACCUCAUCCCUCAGCCAGUCGAUAAUGUUCACGACGGCGGGCCAGGAGACGGGCGCGGCGGCGGCGCCGGUGGCGGCGGGCGGCACGGGCACUGCGGUCGGCGUGGCUGUGGCCUGCCUGCUCGUGGCGGCCAUCUUGGCGGCGGCUGCCUUGUAUUAUAGACAUAGGAAGAAUCUUAGACUAAAAGCCCAGGGUGGCGUUGCGUUCGAAAACCCGAGUUACCUCAGGGAACCAGCGCCGAUUCCUGACACCACAAUUAUCCACGGUUCAGUACCAAACGGGAACGCCAACGGCGGCAACGGAGUUGCCAACGGCAACGGCAACGGCGUCUCCAUCAGUACGGCGUGGAGACAAGAGACGCUGCAGAACCCUAGCACAGCUACACAGCGGGAGGUGGAUCCUACGCUGUAUGAGGAGCUUAAGUUAGGUCAGGACGGCGCGGGCUUCAAACGGCUCAAGCCAUAGCCGGCGGCUCGCGGGGCUUCUCCGCUGCGCUCCCCGCGGCUCUCCGCGCGGGUCGCGCCGCGGUACUAGCGCCGCGGCCCGCCCACCGGGACCCGUGUCCCAACUGUGUAACUAAUGUAACGGUGUAACUGUAAACCAUACCCGGCUCACGGGCGCCGCGGUACUAGCGCCGCGGCCCGCCCACCGGCACCCGUGUCCCAACUGUGUAACUAAUGUAACGGUGUAACUGUAAACCAUACCCGGCUCACGGGCGCCGCGGUACUAGCGCCGCGGCCCGCCCACCGGCACCCGUGUCCCACAAUGUGUAACUAAUGUAACGGUGUAACUGUAAACCAUUGUGUGAUUAUUACUGAAAAUUAGCCAGGUAGCAGUCGCGUGAGCUCCGCUCUGUACACCACCGGACAUGUGUCCAAAAUCUGAAUAGGUAACUUAUUAAAGGUAUAACAGACAGCAGACUCUCUUCACACAACCGAGACUCAUGUCCAAACUGUGUAACAAAUACACUGUAUACUAUAACCGGCUUGCAUUCGGCACACACGAAACAUCUGUCUGAGCAAAACUGAGUAACUAAUUAAUACCAGCUAUAUGAACUAUAAGAACGUCCACUAGCUGGCACUAUCAUGAGCACCACUGUUAAAUCUUAAUAAAGUUAUAGCUUUAUACGUGGAAAUAACAGAAAAUUCGACCACUACUGAACCAAAAAUGUUGAUUUUAAGAACGGACGGGACUGCUUUUGAACUACGGAAUGGGCUUGUAGCGUCUCGCUCGCUAACGUUGGUACCUACACUUAAUACUGCAACCAUUUUAACCUUAGAAAUACUUUUCGAUUCCACCAAAUAUAUAAUGUUAAAAUAAAAUGUUUAGAAGGUUGUGAAUCUGAGAGGAGCCAGCGAGCGAUCAAAAUAUAACUUAAACAUAGUUUGUGAAUGAAUCUCAAUAACUAUUAAAGUAAUGAUGGAUCUAAUUGUAUAUAUCUUUGCAUAUAUAGAGAGAAGAAUUAAAUAUGUACAGUAGUAAUAUUUUAAUACAAUAUGGAGUUGGAAAAACCCUAAAACGUUACCAAUAUGGUGUAGAUAAUAAAAUAAUUAUAAUAUUAAGUCAUAUUUGUGGUAUACUUGAUGUGAUUUAAACCAAAAAGCAAGUAACUUCAAAACGACGCUUGUAAAUAUCCCUGAUAAUGUGUACUAACAAUAUUGAAUAUAUAAUUUAGUGUAUAAACGGUGGAACAAGAAAUACUAGUGUAUAAAGUUUCCAAAAUUCUGAAUUUUCACAUAGGAAAACUUCGGAAACAUUCCAUAUCUUGUAAGGACAAAUGUAUGUAUGGAAACUUUCCAUUUCAUAAAUUUGAAUUCCCUUUAUUUUUCGUGAGAGUUUCGUGAAUUUUUCAAGAAAUUUAAGACUUCUUUGGAAAGUUUCCGCAACUUGCACAUCACUAAUACAUUAUACAACCAUACUGAUGUCACUCAAGAAAUAUCGUACUUUGCUUCAGAAAAGAAAGAUAAAUACGAAUAAGGGUAGUAUCAUAAAAUUACAUUGUAUGGAUACUAACUUUGGGUCACCAUCAAAUACAUGUGUAACUAAUAGGUACUUCUAUUGAUAUUUUUUUUACUAAUAUGUACCUAGUAUUUUCUGUUCCAAAAGUAUUUUAGUAAACUUGGUUAGACCACGUAGCUUGAGUUGGAGUUAGUAGAGUUUUAUAGAAAUCUAGAUCACUCUAUUAAAAAAUGUGCCUUCAAACAAUUUAUGAUGUAGCGUUAAUAUAGACGACCUGUGUGUAAACUAUACUGGAUAUAUAAAUCACUGUUUAUAUUUAAUGUAAUUUAGUUAUAUUAAGUCAAACUAAAUGUUUUUACUAUUCUUCUUAAAAGAAGCAAACGCACUACAAAUUAGCCAUCAGACUAUUAUCACUAAAACAUAUUUAAUAGGUAGUUAUAGUUUUCCAACGUAACGUACAGUGUACCAAAUUUUUUUUUUUUUGAUAGAACACGAUUUUCUCAAUAUUUAAUAAUAUAGUCCUCCUUAUUCAUAAACGUUCGCUAAAGUUAUCAAGCCGAUAAAGUUCGUUUGUCCCUUCGGUAUUGGUGUGAUAGAAAGGGACAAACGAACUUUAUCGGCUUGAUAACUUUAGCGAACGUUUAUGAAUAAGGGGGUUAAUCUGUAUAAUAUACAGCAUGUAUCUGAACGAAAAGCCAACACCCGUUAACGUUUAGAUCAUACUGAGUAAUUUCUGCUAUGGGACCAAGACUGAAAUCGCGAAAAAAAUAUUGAAGCUCCCAUAGAAAAAUUCAGCUUCACACGACCAAAAUACAAGAAACAGCCAGUUUUUUUUUGGGAAUUCGGAGUUGGUCCCUUAGUAAAAGUCGCUCAGAAUGAUCUAAAUGUUAACGGGUUUAAGUGUUGGCUUUUUGUUCAGAUUCAUGCAAAUUACCGACCUUAUCUAAUAAGGUACAGCUAUCGUUUUUUUUUUUCGAUAUUAAUAUCCAGUGUAGUAAAUCGGUCGAGUUUUAGAUAUAGUCUACCUUUUCGGCCUCUGUUUUUGUACCUAUCCUGUUGUAAAUAAUAGACGUUUUAAAAUUUUAUACACAGUUUUCUUCUAUCUAUACGCAGAGGCAAAAGAAAUUCACGGGCUUAAACAACUGUAAUUUCUUAGUUAGGCGAUUACACGUAAAACAAACUAGAACAUACAUCUAAUGUGCAAGUUACAAUUAUUUUUAAUAAAGGAAAAGUCACGAAAUCCACAAGAAAUAAUUUCAAACAAUAAUUUCGGAAAAUUUUCGAAGCGUAAAAUUUAAUAACUUUUCUCUGUACAUCUGCCUACACUACUUAUUAUUUACUAUUUAUUUUUAUUAUUUGCUCUCGAUUGUACGUAAGGCCUAUUUUUUAAUCUCCUGAAGAAAUGUUACUAUGUGAUUGUAACAGAGUUUCUUUAUACUUAGAUUUUUUUAUUUACAUAAUUAUUAUUUCAUUAUAAUGACCAUGUGGUAGGUAUCUAAACUUGUGUUAGAUUAAAGAUCGUUUGAUUUGUUAUAUGUUUAUUGUCAAGAUAUGAAUGUAUUUUGUUACUUUAUAAAUAUUUGUUAUUUUAUGUCUCUUUUUAUGCAUUUUUCUUUAAAAAUGUACUUUCUGCUCAGUAUAUAUACGGUAUAUAUUGACAUAUGUUUGCUCAGGCGCAGCAAUGUGAUUAUAUAUAGAACAACUUAUUCUAAUAAUUUUAGAUGGUGAGUAUGAUGACGGAUGUGACUAGAUUUGUAAAUAUCAAAUAAAAAAGCCAAAU